UGUUGUUGUGGUUGUGAGAAGGCGGCAGCGGCGGCGAAGCAGCCGGACAACACGGUCCAGUGGCCCAGGCACUGCCCCCCGCCGGCCCUGGCUGGGAGCCUCGUGGGGUGGCGGAGGAGGCCGUGCCGUGACGGGCCUCGCCAUGUCCUGCCGCUCGAUCUCAGCAUAAGGGAAAGAAGAGCCUUGUUAGACACUGAAGAAGGGACGAGGAUUUCUCCUCCUAGUCUGGGCCUCCUGUCAUGGAUGAAGAGACUCGGCACAGCCUUGAGUGCAUCCAGGCCAAUCAGAUCUUUCCCAGGAAGCAGCUGAUCCGGGAGGAUGAGAAUCUUCAGGUCCCUUUCCUUGAACUUCAUGGAGAGAGCACAGAGUAUGUGGGCCGUGCUGAGGAUGCCAUCAUUGCCCUUUCCAAUUAUAGACUUCACAUCAAGUUCAAGGAGUCUCUUGUUAAUGUUCCAUUACAGCUUAUAGAAAGUGUUGAAUGCCGAGAUAUAUUUCAGCUUCAUUUGACUUGUAAAGACUGUAAAGUUAUCAGGUGUCAGUUCUCAACCUUUGAGCAGUGUCAAGAGUGGCUGAAGAGACUGAAUAAUGCAAUCCGACCACCUGCUAAAAUAGAGGAUCUCUUCUCAUUUGCAUACCACGCUUGGUGCAUGGAGGUCUAUGCCAGUGAAAAAGAGCAACAUGGAGACCUGUGCAGACCAGGGGAGCAUGUAACGUCAAGGUUUAAAAACGAGGUGGAGAGGAUGGGUUUUGAUAUGAACAACGCGUGGAGGAUUUCCAACAUCAAUGAAAAGUACAAGUUAUGUGGUAGCUAUCCCCAAGAGCUCAUAGUCCCUGCCUGGAUCACUGACAAAGAACUAGAAAGUGUAGCAAGCUUCAGGUCUUGGAAGCGCAUCCCUGCCGUCGUCUACAGGCACCAGAACAAUGGAGCUGUCAUUGCGCGCUGUGGACAGCCGGAGGUUAGCUGGUGGGGCUGGCGAAAUGCAGAUGAUGAGCACCUGGUGCAGUCAGUAGCCAAAGCUUGUGCCUCUGACUCCCGAUCGAGUGGCAGCAAGCUGUCAACUAGGAACAGUUCUCGAGACUUUCCCAAUGGAGGAGACCUUUCUGAUGUGGAGUUUGAUUCUUCUUUGUCAAAUACUUCAGGAGCAGAGAGUUUAGCCAUUCAACCGCAGAAGCUUUUGAUCUUGGAUGCACGCUCCUAUGCAGCAGCUGUGGCAAACCGAGCCAAAGGAGGUGGCUGUGAAUGCCCAGAGUAUUACCCGAACUGUGAAGUUGUGUUUAUGGGGAUGGCAAACAUUCAUUCUAUUCGGAGGAGUUUUCAGUCUCUGCGGUUGCUGUGCACUCAGAUGCCAGAUCCAGGAAAUUGGCUCUCAGCUCUUGAAAGCACUAAAUGGCUCCAUCACUUGUCUGUGCUCCUAAAAUCAGCACUUCUGGUGGUGCAUGCUGUGGAUCGUGAUCAGCGACCAGUGCUGGUGCACUGUUCAGAUGGCUGGGACCGUACCCCUCAGAUCGUGGCCUUGGCUAAGCUCUUGCUGGACCCUUAUUACCGAACCAUAGAGGGUUUCCAGGUCCUCGUGGAGAUGGAGUGGCUGGAUUUUGGCCAUAAAUUUGCUGACCGGUGUGGUCAUGGAGAGAACUCGGAUGACCUGAAUGAGCGUUGCCCAGUGUUUCUGCAGUGGCUUGACUGUGUUCAUCAGCUUCAGAGGCAAUUUCCUUGCUCUUUUGAGUUCAAUGAAGCAUUCCUUGUGAAACUGGUGCAGCAUACCUAUUCCUGCCUCUUUGGAACAUUCCUGUGCAACAACGCCAAGGAGAGAGGGGAAAAGCAUACUCAGGAACGGACGUGUUCUGUGUGGUCGCUUCUUCGGGCAGGCAAUAAGGCUUUCAGAAACCUCCUGUACUCCUCUCAGUCAGAAGCCGUUCUGUACCCUGUGUGCCACGUGCGUAACCUGAUGCUGUGGAGUGCGGUGUACCUGCCCUGCCCGUCCCCGUCCACCCCCGUGGACGACAGCUGUGCACCCUACCCAGCCCCAGGCACCAGCCCUGAUGAUCCCCCCUUGAGCCGGCUACCAAAGACCAGAUCAUUUGACAAUCUGACCAUAGCCUGCGACAACACAGUGCCUCUGCCCAGCCGGCGCAGCAGUGACCCUAGCCUGAAUGAGAAGUGGCAGGAGCACCGGCGCUCACUAGAACUGAGCAGCCUGGCUGGCCCUGGAGAGGAACCUCUUGCAGCUGACAGCCUAGGGAAGCCUACCAGAGUGCUGGGGGGCGCAGAGCUGUCUGUUGCAGCUGGAGUGGCCGAGGGGCAGAUGGAGAACAUUUUGCAAGAAGCCACCAAAGAGGAGAGUGGGGUAGAGGAGCCUGCCCACAGGGGGAGCACCGAGAUGCAGGAAGUGAAAGAGGAGGCCCUCUUAGCAAAGGAGAGCAGGAGAAAGACGCCCGAGGGCUUAGCCAUGGGACUUCACCAAGACCCAGAACUGAGUGGUGCCACUCUGAAGAGCAAUCCAGGCCCAAGCCUGUCUCUGUUCUCACAGGGUAUUCCUGAACAGCAGGGUGGGCACAGUGUUCUCCCCAGUUCUCUCCAGGCCCCACCCAGCGGAGAGAAUUCCCAGGAGGUCCCUGUGGAGCAGCUUCCAACAGGAGAGAUGGCAGAGGAUAACGAAGAAAAAGUCCUUCUAGUCCCAACAGAUGAAAACGUUGGCUAUGAUACCUCACAGUCACAUUCUCUUCCUUCCCCAGUCCCAUUUGAGACCAGAGGACCAAACCCGGACAGUUCCAUGGACAUGUUAAUGGACGAUAAGGUGAAGUCAGAAAGUGGGCCUCAAGGCCACCAUAGACCUUGUCUGGUGAACACUGGCAGGUUCAGUAGCAAGGACGUGCUUCCCCAAACCGUGGAGCCCAGGCCUUCAGAGAGGAGCCUGGUCGAGAGGCCCCAGGUGGAGUCUCUGGUGCACAGGACAUCCCCUGGCAGCACUCUCAGUCCAACACGUUCCCCUUGUGCCUUGCCUUUAGCCGAAUGUAAAGAGGGACUUGUGUGCAACGGUGCCCCAGAGACUGAAAACCAGGCCUCAGAGCAGCCUCCAAGGCUUAGCACCCUCCAGAAGUACCCCGCACCCAACGGGCACUGCGCCAGUGGGGAGGCUGGUAGGAACAAGGACUCGCUCAGCCGCCAGCUAUCUGCUACAAGCUUUAGCUCUGCCCACUUACACUCAAGGAACUUGCACCACAAGUGGCUGCACAGCCACUCUGGAAGGCCGUCUGCAAGUGGUAGCCCCGACCAGCCUUCCCGCAGCCACCUGGACGAUGACGGCAUGCCUGUGUACACGGACACGAUCCAACAGCGCCUGCGUCAGAUUGAGUCGGGCCACCAGCAGGAAGUGGAGACCUUGAAGAAACAAGUUCAGGAGCUGAAGAGUCGCCUGGAGAGCCAGUACCUGACCAGCUCCCUGCGCUUUAAUGGGGACUUUGGGGAUGAAGUGACUUCAAUCCCCGACUCGGAAAGCAUUCUGGAUCAGAGCUGUUUGUCUCGCUGCAGCACAGAGAUUUUCUCUGAAGCCAGCUGGGAACAGGUGGAUAAACAGGACACAGAGAUGACCCGUUGGCUCCCUGACCACCUGGCUGCCCACUGCUAUUCGUGUGACAGUGCCUUCUGGCUCGCCAGCAGGAAGCACCACUGCAGGAAUUGUGGGAACGUAUUCUGCUCCAGUUGUUGUAACCAGAAGGUUCCGGUGCCCAGCCAGCAGCUCUUUGAACCCAGUCGAGUGUGCAAGUCUUGCUAUAGCAGCCUACAUCCCACAAGCUCCAGCAUUGACCUUGAACUGGAUAAGCCCAUUGCUGCCACUUCAAACUGAAGCUCAGUGACCUGGGGUGGGCAGAGGCCAAGAUGCUAUUCCUCUGACAGGUCCACACAGCCUGGGCAGACCGAGAGCCCGUGCACUUGGAGUGGGGGCAUGGAACUACCUGUACGGAGUGACAGAAAUUUGGGAUGUACCACUGGAUUGUAGACUGACUUUUCUUUUCCUGUCCCUCACCCCCACCACGCCCUACCCUUUCCAUCCUUCCUCUCUGCCUUCAGAAAACAAAAAAGUCCCUUGGUUGUCUUAAUUUUUUUUUUUUUUUGGGAUGGAAGACCAGAGGAUGCCAGGCCCUCUGUAACAGCUGAGCCGCCUGCUGUCAGGUGACGCUGAGGGAUGGCUUGGUUGGUUCUUCUGGGUGGGAGGAGGCUGGUCAGAGCCAGGAGUGGAGAUCUGAGACAGUGAGCUGGGAAGAAAGCCAGUGCUAACAUUUGUGACCAUUCUCACGCCACCGCCACAUCAGAGCUGUUCGGGAAACCUUCGCUGUUGGGGAGGCUGGAAGCAACUUCCCUAAGAGCACUGCCUGGUGCCCUCUCCCUCCUGAGAGGGGCUGGGCCAGCCCCACCUCACAGAUAACUGGGAUUGACAUUUGGAGGGAGGGGGGUACAUGGUAAAUGGCACUCCUUAGACCCCCCUUUGGGAAAGGAAGGUAUAUGCUCCUUCAAGCCAGGUGAGGGGCUGGGAAUGGGUCACCAGCAUGUUGUCCCCUUUGGGAUUCUGUUUUUAACUUGACCCAGAUUGUCUAGGGCUCUGUCAGGGGGCUGCCGCCCUGGGCCAGGCUCUGUAGUGCUUCCCAUCCUCAGGCAUAAGAAUGCAGACUGGCCAGAAUGCAGUGGCCAAGGCCAAAGCCUGCCCUGAGCCCAGGCACUCCUGGGUCCCUCUUGCAGAGCCUUGUCCCCCAAACAAUGUCUCUUCCUCGGCCAGCACAGGGAAAUCCAGACUCAGGGUUCCAAAAAUCCCCCUUUCCCAAGCCAAACAAAUCAUGGAUCUCCCCCUUGAGGGUAGAAUCAGCCUUUAGAGUUAGAAGCCUCUGGAAAAGGGAGCGAGUCCCCAUACAAUCAGCCUUCCUCCUCCCCUUCUUGCAGCAGCAGGAGGGGCCCAGCAGUCCUCUUCCCUGCUCCUGGCUGCCUGAGUAGGCAUGUGUCUGGCUGCUGGCCAGCAGUGAAGGGCCACUUGGUGACUCCGCAGGGUUCCUUAGAGAAGUGACAUGGCCUGGAGGAGAUUUGGGGCACCUUUCCUCAGUGAGCUUUGAUAUGGUCCAGAAAGAGCUUUAAAUCAAGAAUAUUUGUGGUGGAGGUGAGUGUGGGAAGGGUGGAGAGGAGUUUAGAUUUGUGCUUUGUAAUCUUGGCAUCCAUGUUUUGUGCCUGCCCUCCCUCUUGGGGAAGGGCCAUGCUUGGCUCUGCUGAAAGCUGCUAACUGGUGACAGGGCACAGAGAAGCCUAAGUUCUGACCCUGCCCUGUACUCUCCUUCCCCUUUGGAAGCAGUUCUGUGGCCAAGGGCAAGUUGUGUCUCAGGAAGGUGGCUCCUGUGUGUGCCUGAGUGUGAUUAAGGUGUGGCCCAGAAGCCUUUCCUGGUGCUGUCAGUCCAGGCAAAGCCCAGAGCAUCUGCGCACAUCUCUGACUUCCAGCAGCAGCAGGUUGCUCAGAGUUUGAGUUUAGGGAAACAAGGUGUAGUUCUCCGCACUCGGUGUGGUCUGGUCGUGCAGGUAGGGAUACGUCGUUCUAAUGGAAGAUUGUGCAGUUCCUAGUGACAGGUGCCAAGAGGUUAUGAUACGGGUUUCUUGGGUCUGAUGUACAGUGUGAAUAAAUGCUUGCAACUUUUAGCCCUUUUUUGAUCAAUGAAGCACUUUUUUAAUAUUUUCCUUUGUAUGUAAAGGAGGAACCGUAACUCUCCGUAGCUGUACAUAUAACCCUUUUCUCCUAAAGAGGAGUCAGUCAUUGCUCCUAUAUUUUUCAUUUUUUGUCAAAACAAGAAGUAAAUACUUUAGAAUUGUUAAAUAUAUAAAUAAAGUGAAUAAAGUUGAGUGUUCCGCAUGGUA